UUGCAUAGGUUUGUAUAUCCUAAACGCACACACGUCAUAAGAAGACAUGGAGUACAUGGUGCAGACUCACUUGCUGUACUUUAAUCACAACUGCUUUACACAAGCAAUAAGGUCACCUCGGUAUAUCUGAAUGACAUAAAAGAGCUACAGUAACACUGGCAUCUUCUAAAUGUUUAUUAUUUCAGCACAGCGCCUGGCUUUCCUGUCUACUCUGGUGCGUGAGCUCAGUAACAAAAAAUUGCGUGUUUGCGUCUCCGGGCAUGAAGACGCACUGAUCAUGAGGCUGUGAAGCGCAUCGAGGGCCACGUGACAGCAACGGCGCACACACACGCACAUACGCACGCACACGCACGCACGCACACGCACACGCCCGCGCGCGUCGCGCUCGUUUUGGCUCGCGUCCCUGGCCUCGCCGUGAGCCCCGCACCGCACCGCACCGCACCGCCCCGCACCACGUUCGCACCGCGCUUUGUUGUUCCCGGAAACCUUCGACCUGAGCGCUCGAUCUCAGCUCGCCAUGCGAUGGAUAUUCUCUGGCAAUACCAGUUCAGGAUUAUUCUGCUCGGCGACUCAACGGUCGGCAAAUCGUCUCUGCUCAAGCGGUUCACGGACGGCGUGUACAGCGAUGUCGCGGACCCGACGGUCGGGGUAGAUUUCUACGCCCGAUCACUCGACAUAGAACCGGGGGUGAAGAUUAAACUGCAGCUCUGGGACACCGCCGGCCAGGAGAGAUUCAGGUCCAUUACAACUUCCUACUACCGCAAUUCAGUCGGCGGCCUCCUGGUGUUUGACCUGACCAAUCGCAAGAGCUUUGAGCAUGUGCGUGAAUGGCACCGUGAAGUCACAGAGCACAUCCUGCCACACCACAUGGUCUACAUCUUGAUCGGCCACAAGAGUGACCUGAUCCGAGAGCGCAGAGUGCUCCGUGAUGAGGCUGAGCAGCUGGCGGCUGAGUUGGGUGUGCGCUAUGUGGAAACGUCAGCCAAGUGCAACAGCAAUGUAGAGCGUGCCUUCGAGCUGCUGGCACGCGACAUCUACGAGCUGAUGAAGAUGGGUGAGAUCUCAGCACGUGACGGCUGGGACGGCGUCAAAAGCGGCCUCACAGCUAAAGUUCUCUAUCCGGCUGAGGAAGAAGCAGAGAGAGAGAAGAGCUGCAACUGCUGACUUGGGGUGUUUGCAUUUAAUCUCUCACCUGUGUGUCAGUCAGUCGUCCUUGCUGAGUUUACGCUUUCACUUCCUGUAUUGCAAGUCAAGCUCGCUGCUUGUCCCUGCAUUUUCUGUCUGUCUCCAUCUUGAGACGUGUGGUUCUAUGAAUAAGCACCAUGCAGUACUGGUAAAAAAAAAUGGCCUCCUUCUUUUCGGAUAGGCUUCAGGUUGGAUAAAUUUAAGCUUGGAUGGACAGCACAAGGUUCUAAACAAGAGCAGUAAGAAGCAGGAAGGCACUUGGAGACAUCACUGGUUGAAAGAGAUGGCAGCGGACUUCUCUUUUCCCUGUAUUCUUUUUGAGCUUUAAAUCUCUUGUUGUUUUUGUCACACAGUGUUCAAUCACUGAAGAGGAAUGUAGUGUACUUUCUCUUUGUGGAAAGCUGUACUCCACCCACUCUACCUAUUCCACCACUGUUUAACCUUUACACCUUCACAUAUUUUCACAUGAACUCACACACGAAGAUACACAUGAACUUGCUAGGUUUCAUUUGGAUGCUGUAACUCAUUCAAUCGAGAAUGUGCAGUGGGGUUAACAUGGAAAUGAAUCAUGCAAAAUCAGCAGCGGGAAAACUGUAAAACUAAGUGGCAAUUUUGGUGCGGUAAAACUGUGUACACUGUACACUGUACACUGAGACACAGAAAUUUCUAGAUUCCCAGCUGUCUGUAUGCUACUGCGUCUAUCAUUAGUAGCUGCAAUGUUAGUAAUUCCAUGUGCCAAGAUUUUGACAUCAUAAUAUUCAUCAUAAUACUGUAGGUAUUAUCAUGUAACAACUGAGACUUAUCAUCAAACUGAAAGUCUGAGUUUAUAUUAAGUCUUGUGUCUAUAGCAAAAGGAGGAAAGGACUUGAGUGCCAAUAUAUUUGCUCUGUCGCUAGCUCUUCCUUCUGUGGUGGCUUGUAGCCUGAACAUUACUGCACCCUCUCAGAAAAGCCACUUCUACAAGCUUCCUCUCAGUGAAUCAGUAAAAAGAGAGUGCGUACACAGCCACAUUCAGCUCUAGAUGUGCCAAACUCUUAAUAAUGGGAGCUGAAACAACUUUUUUUAUUUUUUUUUUUUAUUUUUAAAGGGGCUAUUCCAUUCAUACUGUAUGCAAUCCAGCUGUAAAUUAAGUAUUGAUUAUAUAUAUAUAUAUAUAUAUAUAUAUAUAUAUAUAUAUAUAUAUAUAUAUGAGGGUCAUUCCAUCAUCUAGGCCAUUUUGAUUGUCCAGUAGUAGUAAGUCAAAACCAAGGUAUAAUCUUGGUUCUACUUGACAGAAAGUUAUUAUAUACACAUACAGGAGUAGACAAAUCUUAUAAAUGCUCAGCGUUUGCCCAGUCCAAAGUUUUUUGCUUGAUCGUAAACUCCGCAGUUAAUAUCAAACUUAAAUGGAGAGGACUUUAACUUGGUUAUUAAUUGGAUAAAUGCAAGGUCAUGCCUUUUAACUUCCUGUACGAGGAAAAAAAAAUCUCAUGCCCUAAGAGCAAGGACAUCUUGCAAGCUAGAAAGGAUGUUAUCAACCUGGCUAGCGAUGUUAACUAGCCUGAAAGGGUAGCUAAUAUAAUAUAUGAUGAAUCAGUUAUAUGUGUUAUAAUUUUGCCUUGUUUAUUGCAAAUAGGUGCCAUAUACGGUAUUAUUUGUUUCUACAUAACCUUGUUUUUGUUCAAUGCAAAGCAGUGUUCCCGUGCUUGUCUGGAUUCAUCUAGAACAAAAAAAGAUUCAAUUCUAAUUUAUUUUUUACUUUUAAGGUUUUUAUUUGACUCACUCUCAUAUAUAUUAUCCAGGUACUAAAAAUAUUUUUACCAAAGGCCACCAUGCAGUAGGAUUGAGGAAGGUGUGAGGGAAAAUGGGGAAUCGUGAAUUUAAAAAAAAAAAACAUCUGGACACAUU